AUUUUUUGUUUACUACUUUUUCUUCGUGUUCUUCUCCGCGUACAUGUCUGGGCACUAUUAUUUUUUACCCUUUUUAAUUUUACUACUCUAAUUUCGAAUUUCGCCGCAUUCUCUUUUUUUCUCUGCCAUGGCGGGUGACGACGAUUACAUUCCCCUGCGCGACUUUUCAGGCAACGGUGUGGGGUCGGCGCAAACGAGCAGCGAUGAAGGAGAGCAAAUAAGAAAAGUGACACCACGCGAUGCCUCGGCAGUGCCGUCGCACUCGUCAGCAGGAUCAGACAACGCAGCGGUUCUGACACCACGCAGAUACCGCGGACAGACAAUAGUGGCCCACUCGACCAGCAACAGCAAGCUGACAACGCUGCUGGACGACGGCAGUCGGCAAGCCACCGGCAGCUCAGCGUCGUCGUCGCGGCAACGCACUGCAGAGCACUCGCGUAGCCCGCCAGUGAGGCACACCAUGACGGCAACAACGGCUGACGACAUGGAGAUCGACGGCGGCAGCAGCACGCGCGGCGGAUCGAGCUUUGACAGCAUUCUGAACGACCUCGGGGCCGAGGAGGAGGCGCUUGACAACCAGGCCAUUGCCAACGAACGCGCGCGCACGCAGGAGCCGCCUCGCGGAAUCGGCGCUCUCAGUAGGAUGUGGGCGCAGGGCGACUCGGCCUACCAGCCGCUGGACGUGCAGGGCACCCCGCACCGCCGACGCCGAGGCAGCCCGCAUGACGAGCCGAUCUGGACGCGGCGCAUGCUGGUUCUACCGGCGAUCAUGCUGGUGUCGAUGGGGCUCCUGAUGGCCGUCAUCAGCACAGUCGUGUGGGUGCGCGAGCACACAGAGCAUCCCAAACUGCACGUCGACGCGAAGCUGUUCCCGUACAGGGUCGACCGCACGCAGCUGGGCAGCAGCCAGUACUCGCUGCGGCUGAUCCACACCAACGACAUGCACGCCCACUUCUCACCGUAUGAUGCCAAUGGCGACGCCUGCGACCCCAAAAACAGCACGGCCAGGUGCGUUGGCGGGUCGGCGUACGUCAAGGCCGUCAUCGACCACAUGCGGCUGGCCGACGGCGUCGGAGCCGAGAACACCGUGCUACUGAACGGCGGCGACGAGUUCCAGGGCUCGCUGAUGAGCGUGCUGUUCAGGGGCAACGUGUCAGCCGCCCUGCUCAAUGCCUUUGAGCCCGAGGCGCUGACGCUGGGCAACCACGAGUUUGACCUGGGCCCGCUCCACCUGGCGCGCUUCCUGCAAAAGGUGCAUGCGCCGGCCAUCUGCGCCAACCUCCUCUUCCCUGCAGGCUCGUCGGACCUGGCCGCACUGCAGGCGUCCGUGCAACCGUUCACCAUUAUCGACCGCCACAAGGUCGGCAUCAUCGGCGUGCUGACGCCUGACGCCAUGGCAUCGUCCUCGAUGGGCGGCAUCAAAGUCACUGACCCCAUUGCAGCCGUCAACCGCGCGCGCGCUCAGCUCAACAAAAUGGGCAUCCGCCGCAUCGUCGUCCUCUCACACCUCGGCUACGACGCCGACCGGGACCUGGCAGCGCAGGCUGACUCUGGGAUCGGGCUCAUCGUCGGCAGCCACUCACACACGUACCUAACGCCACCCGCGGGCGACGACCCGAACGGCCCGGCCGACGGCUCGGAGUCCAAGGGUGCGUAUCCGACGUGGGUGUCCAACGCGGCAGACACCGAGUGGCAGACGGCCGUGGUCCAGGCCAAGAGCUUUGGCGAAUACGUCGGGUACCUCGACCUGGUCUUCAAUGACGACGGUUCGCUCGACAGCAAGCUCACGCGCGGCGCGCCUGUUUCGGUCGACGUGGCCUCGGAGAACAGCCUUGUGCGCGGUAUUGCGCCCAACAAGCGCAUCUUGGGCAUUCUUGCGCCGUUUGAGCGUCAGGCCGCUGAGUUUGCCGCCAAGCGCAUUGGCCACGCUGAUGCCGAGUUUACUGCGCCUGUUGGUGGCAAGGACGCGGCGGAGAACGCGCUGGGCAACCUGGUCACUGAUGCUGUUGUCUGGGCCACUAGGCAGCGGCCGACCAACGGGACCGUGGUCUUGCUGGGCACCGGCGCUCUGCGCGCCCACCUCCCGUCAGGCGACAUCACCCGCGGACACCUGCUCACCGCCCUUCCCUACGACGACCAUAUGGCGGCAGUCAGCCUGUCCGGCAGCGCUUUGCGCUCAAUCAUGGCGGGCGCCUCUGGCAACAACACUGCGUUGUCUACCGUGCAAGCAUCCGGGCUGCGGCGCUCAUUGACCGGCAGUACCGAGGUGCGCACGCUUGUGGACAAUCUGGAUGCUCGGCCGAUGGGGGGCGAAAAGUGGGGGCCGUUGGAUGAUGCGCGGGAGUACGAGGUGCUGGCGCCCAUGUUCCUGAUUGCCGGCGGCGAUAGCGUGUUUCCCGAGGACUUGUCGGCAAAAGCGUGGGUUGUGUUUCCCAACUAUAGGGAUUGGGUUGAGCUGUAUAUUACGCGCUUCUCGCCCGUGUCGCCCAUCAUUGACCAUCGCAAGUAAUCUGGAAAAUAAUUUGGUGAUAUUUGAUAUUUGAAAAUAAUAAAUUACUG